AUGGUCUUCAACAGGCUCUUCAACUCCUUACGCCCAAAAGCGUCCCGUAACAGAUUGAGGAGCGAGACAGAUGAUGGGGAGUCGGCUUACUUGAAAGCAGACUCAGACGCAGGGAGUACCGUUAAUACAUUAAGAUCUCGGGCUUCUCGAAACAAACUGAGGAAAGAGCCGCCCCCUCGUCCGAAGACCGCAAAUGCGAAAGGAACAGGGACCUUACAAGAUUAUCGUCCCAAUCGCCGUUCAUUCGAUCAUGCAGUCGAUGAACAAACUGGGGAGCGAAUCGAUCAUACCGCUUUACUGCAUGGUUUAGCACACAUGGGAUCUUUUGAUUCUAUGCAUGAAGCUUACGGCAUAGACAAUCCAGAUCGACCCUCUGGGGAACAUGCCAUAGCCAGCCUUCCCACGAAUCUUUGGGACUAUAUCGUGGGAUAUUUGUCACCGAGUGAUGCAGCGAGUCUUGCAUUCUCAACCAAAACCCUUCUGAACCGAAUUGGAAGAGAUCCAUGGCAUGCUUUGAAUCUACCAGAGAACCAUCGGUAUAAAAUUGAAUUUUUGGUCCACAUGGACCGUGAUCUUCCCAACCAUCUUCUUUGUUUUCCUUGUGCAAUUUAUCAUGUUCGCAUAAUACCGGGAGAAGAACGGUUGAAAGCUACACAUAUCAUAAAUCAUCUUUUCGAAUGUCCAAAUGCUUUAACACAAGUCGCUCCAAAAACACGAUUAACUGUUGGUCACACUCUUCCGUUUUCGUUUGUGCAGCUUGUAUUGCGAUCAAACCGUUACUCUCCAAACCACGGAAUUCCAGUGGAGUCGAUAUGCAAACGCUGGAAAGACCCUCAGCUUGGGGCUCAAGGCACAGGAACUUGGUCACAUCAAAGCCGAUAUUAUAUUGACAAAGGCCAUCUUCUUUUACGUGUGAUCAGUCAAUGCUUCCCAGAGCCAGACCUUCCCAUAAGUGCCCAACGAAACCUUUUGUAUUCCCGCGAGGAUUAUUUUCCAUAUUUUUCGGUUUGCGCUCACUGGAGGGAUGGCGACCUCAUGGAUAUAUGUAAAUGCGCGUUGGGCCACAUACCCAAGCGCAGAGAAGCGAUCUCCUCACAACUGAAAAGCGGGCCGAACGCUAUUUUCUCACUCGGAAACCAGAGGAGUCAGAUGUCAUCACAAUGUUCUGUUUGUCAGCCCAUGCGUCGAUGCCCAAGAUGUCCUACAGAGUACUUGGUUGAGCUUAAAUUUGCCGAGGAUAAAAGCGAUCAAGUCAAUAGAUUCAAGCAGGCUAUGACAGUGACGAGGUGGAGCGACUUGGGCAACGGAACUUCUCCAUUGUCACCGGAAUGGGCUGCGAUGAAUGGCGAAUUUGAGGGCUAUGAUUCAUUAGACACAGUCAAAGGGCGUGCAAUUUCUGGAACUUUUGAAUCACAAUUUGGUGUUACACUUCCCGGGCAGAGAAUAUUAUCGCUUAAUCCAAGGAAUGAAAUCAAGGGAGAAGAUGGUCAUAAUUGGUAUUGA